ACGGCAUCCUGAGCGCCUCAGCGGGCCAGGAGCAGCUCCUCACCGAGCUGCUGGUCACCCACGCCAAGGUGAGCAGGAGUGCAGGAGUGAUCCCCACAUUGAGCCUUCAGCCUCUAGUUGGGCUUGUCCUGUGGGCAGUGUGCAAUUUUGGAAUAAAGUGCCGAAGAAUCUGUUGUGUCUCUGGAAAAGAUGUUUGACUGGUGGUGUGCCAGUUUUGAUUUUGAAAAAAAUUAAAGGUCAAGCUGUGGUAUUUCUACUUGUUGGUGUCUGGUUUCUCUCUUGGAGGUUUGUUUGGUCUCCUUCAUGCACCARCCCCUUUGGGAUGCAGAUCUCUUCCCUAUGCCUGAGGUGUCCCAGCCCCAGGGUGUGACAUGGCCUGGACCUGCCCUGCUCCUCUGGGUCACCUUCCCCCCCUGCAGCCCCAGGAGCUCUGCCCCUGCUCUCUGAUUCCUGUUCUCAUUGGGGAGCUGAUCUCUGUGGAGAUCUGGAAGCACAAGGUCUUUCCCGUGCUCUGCCGGCUGGAGGACUUCAAGCCGAGAAGCACCUUCCCCAUCUACGUGGUGCUGCACCAUGAAGCCUCCAUCAUCAACCUCCUGGAGACCGUGUUCUUUCACAAGGAGAUCUGUGAGUCAGCAGAGGACAGCAUUCUGGAUUUAAUUGAUUAUUGCCACCGGAAGCUGACCCUGCUUGCAUCUCGGAGCACCAAGGCACAGACAGUGACCGCAGCGGAGCUUCGUGCUGAGGAUCUGGCCAGCCCCUCAUCCACGCAGGAGCUGCAGAAGCAGGCAGAGGCGAUGGAGUUUGAGAUUUCCCUGAAGGCCCUGUCUGUGCUGCGGUUCAUCACAGAUCAGGUGGAGAGUCUGCCCCUGAGUGCACUGACACGGAUGCUGAACACCCACAACCUGCCYUGCCUCCUUGUCGAGCUGGUGGAGCAUUGCCCCUGGAGCUGCUGGGAAGCAGGCAAGCUCAAGAAGUUUGAGAAUGGCACAUGGCAUGUGGUGCCUCCUGAGGACCAGAUGAAGAUGACCAAACUCGAUGGGCAGGUGUGGCUCGCCCUCCUCAACCUCCUGCUCAGCCSCGAGUGCCAGCGCAAAUACCACUUYGAUGGCUUCAACAAGGGCCAGCUCCUCAAGCUCCGUGCAUUCCUGACAGAUGUCCUCAUUGACCAGCUGCCCAACCUGGUGGAGAUGCAGAGAUUUCUGAGUUACCUUGCAGUGACAGAUCCUGCUCCCCCCAAAAAGGAUCUCAUCCUGGAGCAGGUUCCUGUCAUCUGGGACCAUAUCCUCAAGAAAAACUCAGGGAAGUGGGAGGCCAUUGCCAAGCACCAGGUGAAGCACGCCUUCAGCCCCACUGAGGAGGAGCUGAAGCUCCAGGCACGCAGGUGGGCMCAGACCUACAGCCUGGACAUGAUGGAGGCUCUGGCCCCUGACAAGCCCCGCUGCAGGGUGUGUGGUGCAGAAGCGGCCAAGCGCUGUUCUCGCUGCAGGAACGAGUGGUACUGCACACGGGCGUGCCAGGUCCAGCACUGGCAGAAGCACAAGCCUGCCUGCAACCUGAUGGCCGAGRCGAGGAGUGUGGGUGACCUGUAAGAGAAGUGGUGUCUGGCAUCUGGCCUGUGGCCAGAUUUCCCCAGAAUGUUGGAGAGAAGCUGGCAAAAGCCCCUUCUGCCUGCUCCCAGCCCCAGGCAGCACUAGCCAGGGUCAGCCCCUCCUCUGCCACCAUCCCACCAUGCUGCCUUCUCUAAUAAACCUCCUUGUGCACCCCACA